AUGCAUUAAAUUGUAGUUAAAGCACUUAUUCGUGAAUUCUUUAUGAAGUCGGAACUCAAUGAUACCUUAAAAUCCUUUGACACAGAGUUAAAUUAUAAGACAGCCAUAACCAAGAUGGAUGUAAUAUUGUAACUAGGACUUUCAAAAAUUGUGAGAAGAAACAAUGAAUAAAAGCAACCUUUAAAAAGUUUAUUGGAAAUCCUGAUAUCCCACCUUCUCAAAAAAAAAGCAUUAUUGGAAGAAUUAACAACACCUUCUAAAGCAGAAAGAAUUGAAGACAUCCCUUAAGAUAUUCCAAUUGAGUCCAGUGGUGGAGCAUCUCGUUCAAAUAGGAUGAAGAAACGACCAUAAUCAGAGUACAAACCUAAGAAUUUGAAUAUAACAUAAGAAGAUCUAUUGAUUGAAUAAAAAGAUGAAUAAAAAGACAAAAUAAAAGAUGAAAAGAAAGAAGAAAAUAAAGAGGAAAAGAAAGAUGAAAAAUAUUCACCCAAUAAAGGAGCAUUUGAAGUACCAAGAAAAACUUCACUUAAAUAAGCCAAAUUAUUUAAUUUUUAAGAUCAAAUAGUAGAAGAUCAAUCUAAAUAACAUAAAAAAGAUGAACCACUGUUACCACUUUCUUAACCACCUAGAUUAAUCAAUAUGAAAAAACAAUUUGAAAACAAGGAGGCUUAAUCAAUAUUGUAACUCAAAGAUGAACAUAAUACUAAUAAAUAAGUUCCGAAUAUCAAGGUGGAGUAUCAAAAAUGCAAUAUCAAAUAACAUAAUGUUUAAUUUCCAACUACUAAUAUUAAUUAUGAUAAAAGUAUAGGCUUUAAUUAAGGAAAACGAAAACCUUAAUAAAAAACCAUAACUUAGCCUAUCAAGAAACUAUUAUUUUAAGGUACUAUUACUGGAUUACCAAAGAGUUGGUCAUAACCUUUUAUUUUUAAAGAUGAACCUACUUUUUACGGAUUACAUUAGUUAGAAGGAGGUCCAUGUGGUGUGUUGGCCUCAGUUUAAGCCUACUAUCUUAAACACUUUCUGUUUUCUUAAUCUAUCUACUCUAAGUCUUCAAUUAAAUAAAACUGUUUACUUGCCUCUUUAGCAGAUAUUCUAUUUAAAUCUAAUAAAGAAAGGCUCAUUUUAGUAAUUCCAGCAAGGGAUUCAUCGAUGAAUUAAGCAAUAGGAAUUGAAAGCUGCGAUUAUUUGGAAUACCAAAUCAAAUCUCUUAGUUAUUUGUAUGAAAUACUAUUGGAACAUACAUCUAUGUUUUUCGGAUAAAAUGGAGUAACUUUGUUCUUCUAUUCUCUGAUUUUAACAAAAGGUGUUGAAUAAAUCAUGUUGGAAAUGGAUUCAGCCACAAAUCCUUUAAUUGGUAAUCAUGGACAUUGCACUCAAGAAGCUGUAAAUCUCAUGUUGACUGGAAAGGCUAUUAGCAAUUGUUUUGACGGAUGCAAACAAAUAGAUGAUAUGAAGAUAAAAGGAAUUGAAGAGAGAAGUGAGAUAGGAUUCUUGACUAUAUUUGAGCACUUUUAAUAUCUUGAAGUUGGUAAGAAUUUGAAGGAACCCCUCCUACCCAUAUGGGUGAUUUGCAAAGAAUAUCAUUAUUCAGUCAUUUUUGGUUGCAAUAAUGAUGUAAUUUAGGAUAAGCCUUAUUUAAAAAAUAAUUUAAAGGAAUUUGAUCUAGUGUUUUAUGACGGAUUGAAUAAUUCUGAUGAUUUAAUAAUAAUCACAAUAAGAAGAUUGGGUGCGUAACUAGGAAAAUUGAAAAAGAAGGUUGAAAUAGAGGGAGUUCAAUUUGAUUCGAGUGACAAAAUUACACCCUUGAUAGAAUGCUUACUGAAAACUAAAUACGGAGAAUUAGAAUUAGAUUGGAAUGAUAGUAUGCCUAUAUUAUGA